UAAGUAUUAAAUUUCCCCCCUACAUUCCUCUUUCUAUAUAUAUUCAUCAUGGUUAAAGUUACUGUUUUAGGUGCCGCUGGUGGUAUUGGUCAACCAUUGUCUCUUCUUCUCAAGAUCAACCCUGCUAUUAAGCAAUUGUCCCUUUUCGAUGUGGUCAAUGUUCCAGGUGUUGGUGCUGAUCUCUCGCACAUUUGCUCAGACUCUCAAACCACUACCCACUUGCCAUCUUCUAGAGAAGACAAGACUGCCUUGGCCGAAGCCCUUAAAGGCUCCAAUCUUGUUGUCAUUCCAGCUGGUGUCCCAAGAAAGCCUGGUAUGACCAGAGAUGAUUUAUUCAACAUCAAUGCAUCCAUUGUUAGAGAUCUUGCUCAAGGAAUUGCUGAAAAUGCCCCAGACGCCUUUGUGUUGAUUAUUUCCAACCCAGUUAAUUCCACCGUCCCAAUUGUUGCUGAAACUCUUAAGAAGAAUGGUGUUUACAACCCAAAGAAAUUGUUUGGUGUCACCACUUUAGACAUCGUUAGAGCAAACACUUUUAUUUCUCAACUCUACCCAGAUUCAACCACCCCUUCAAACUUUAACAUUAACGUCAUUGGUGGUCACUCUGGUGAAACCAUUGUUCCAUUGUAUUCUAUUGGUAACUCUAAGAAGUACUACAAUGAUUUGUCUGAAGAAAAGCAAAAGGAACUUAUUCAUAGAGUUCAAUUUGGUGGUGAUGAAGUUGUCCAAGCGAAGAAUGGAGCUGGUUCUGCUACUUUGUCUAUGGCUUAUGCUGGUUAUAAGUUGGCUGAUUCUAUCUUGAAGGCUAUUUCCACUUCUGAAGAAGUUGUUGAAUGUACCUUUUUGAACUUGGACUCCUCCAUCAAGGGUGCUUCUGAAGCCAAGAAGUUGGUUAACAACUUGGACUUUUUCUCCUUGCCAGUUAAGUUGGGAAAGAACGGUAUUGAAGAAGUUAAGUAUGAAAUUUUGAAUGAUAUUUCUGACGAUGAAAAGAAAUUGUUAGCAGUUGCCAUUGACCAACUUGAAAAGAACAUUGAAAAGGGUGUUGGCUUCAUUAAGAAUUAGAUUUAACCAAAAAUAAAUAUAACAAAAAAGUCUAUUAAUAAAUAUGGCAGUAUUAAAGGAUUAAGUAGGAGAAUUUAGUUCAGUAUUUUUAUGGGUGAAGUACAAUGGAAGUUCAACAUGUUCCUACUAAAUAAUGAAUGAAUUCAAAAAUUCCCCUUC